UGCAAGUCACUCGAAGCACUGUAUCUGUUUGCGAGGCUCGACAUUAGCCUGACAUCCUUUCCGUCGCCAUAGUUAAUGCCUCUCGAGUGACGUACCUUAAUGUCCGCGGCUUGGGCUUAUCUCCACGCUCUUAGAGCUUAGGGGUUCACCAAAAGUCUUUGGCUUCCAGCAAUCACGAGUAACUCCCACGAGUUGACGGCUUUCAGGAAAUGUCUUCCACUCGCUCCAUAUCACUACUCGGACUUGCCUUGGUGUUUUUGAGUGCUCUCAAGGUCUCCGCCCAUGGUGGUCAUGAGCAAGCCCCUGUAGCCGCCGACGCGGAUUGGGCAACAAAACAUAUGGCUGGUAACACUGCUGCAUCUCCUCUGCCACCUAUGAGCCAAUCGCUAACUUACUUUGUAGAGGAACAUCACAUCAAUUCCUUUGAUGCUGGCUCGUUCUUCAACCUCCAUGACUACGACAGCAGCGGCACAUGGACUCCCGAUGACAUUCGCAAAACCUACGGUCUGAAGGACGAGAGUACAAAGGACCUGCCAGACGAGAAAAAGGAGGAAGUCGUUCGUAGGAUCCUAGAGCUGUUCGACAAGGAUAAGAGCGGAGCCGUCUCAUAUGCCGAGUUCCUCAUGGGUGACGCUCACGGCAUUAAACUGCCCGACUUUGGCUAUGGUCCUGGACACCAUGGCGACGACGAAUACGAGUACGAAAUCCACCAUUUCGAAAAGUUUCACGGUGACGAUACAACAGAAGAGGACUUGACGCAUCCUGAAGACAUCGUGCACUUCCGCAAGCACGACAUCAUGGAACAAGAAGCUGAACGCCAGGCGAAGCUCGACCGUAUGGAAAUUGUUGAGGCAAAUAUCCCUCAGAAGUUUCGCCGUCACGGCCACUGAACGACUUGAACAAUACAGCCUUCGCACGGUACAAGGCGGCCAAUUGGGGUUCAGAAAGCGUGCAAUCUAUGUUGGUCUCUCCAUACUUGGUUGGAAGGCAUUCUGGAAGCUGGUGGACGAGCAUCAAGAUAAUUCGAGAGCAAUCCUGCUGGCUUGGACUGCAAUCGGACUCUCGAUCCUUGUUG